GAGAUGCGCAUGGAGCUCCCGUCUGCUCCAGCUCUUCCUCCUGAUGCAUUUUUAACAUCACCACGUGACACUCGAUACAUCAUGGAUGAAGGUCGGAGAGAUAAUGUACAGGUGAUUGUUUGCUUUGUAGUGAAAGAGGAGUUUAUUUAUAAUGAACCACCGGAAUUGGCGUUAUCACCAAAGAUGGGUGUUGGAUUAAGAAUGUCGUUCGAAUUAGAUCGUCGAGUAUGUGUUCUUUGUGGUGGUGUUGGCGAUGGUGAACCAGCUUUGUGUGGACGUCUCCUCAACCUUAGCGCUAAUCUAUGGGUUCAUGUGAAUUGCGCUAUGUGGAGUACAGAAGUAUUUGAGACCACGUCAGGAGGCUUGCUUCAUGUAGAUCGUGCAAUUGUUCGUGCUGCUGGUGUCAUCUGUCAUCUAUGCGGACGUGUCGGGGCUAGUGUUCAAUGUCAUAAAGUUGAUUGCAACGUGAAUUUCCAUCUUCCGUGUGCUGCUAAAAUACAAACUGCUAAGUUUGUCAAAGACAAGACGUUCUUUUGCACUAAACAUCCGGAAAUCAGUCCUGAGGUUAUGGUGACCUCGCUGGAGGCACUUCGAAGAAUAUACAUUGAAAGAGACGAAAACACAUUUUUGUCGCGACUUUUCGAUCACCCGGAUUCCAAUACGCGGUUAUGUUUGCGUUUGGGCGCGUUGGCUUUUUUCCAAGUUGGACAACUGCUUCCGGAACAACUGAAGACAUUCCACAAUGCGACACACAUAUUUCCAAAUGGAUAUCAUGUAUCGCGAUGGUUUUGGUCACCAACUGACUCGCGAAAGCGAACACUCUUUGACUGUCACAUCAAAGAUGUUAAUCAUCGCCCAAAAUUCGUCGUUUGUUGUGAAGAUCAUACCUACGAAGGCGAUUCUGCUACUGAGGCAUGGUCGGAAGUGGUUGCAUCUGUCGAGCGUUUGCGAGCACAAACUGAUGCUUUGCGCUUCGUGGCAAAAGGGAUUCAGGGAGAGACUUUGUUUGGAUUAAAUGAGUCAGCUAUCAGCAAGAUUACGGAGUCUUUGCCUGGUGUUGACAGCCUGUUCACAUAUACGUUUCGUCACCCUAAUAGUCCAUUGCUGGAUCUUCCUCUUGCCGUCAAUCCUUCUGGCUGUGCUCGUUGUGAGCCGCGAUUUCGUACUCUGAUCAAACACAAGCAACGUGCUCUUGCCAGUGCACCAUCAACAAGGUGUAGUACAACGUAUCAAAUUCGUUCCAUGCGAGACGGUGGUACUAACAGUAGUGGUAGAACACGAGGUCGUAUUGCAGCGUCAUUUACGGAUGAACUAGCAGCUGCUCAGAUGCGAGCCAUGUUUGGUCGCGAACCGUUCAGCAGCUCGCAAAGUUAUACAUUGUAUCAAAAAAUGCGCAAAGAUUGGCGUCAAACGGUCUACCUAGCUCGCUCGAAAAUUCAAGGCCUUGGUCUGUAUGCGAAGCGUGAUAUCCAUAUGGGUGACAUGAUAAUUGAAUACAAGGGCGAGGUUAUUAGAAGUGAAGUUGGUGAAAUGCGUGAAAAACGUUAUGUUGCCCAAAAUCGCGGAGUGUAUAUGUUCCGAAUCGAUGAAGACCUACUCGUUGAUGCGACUAUGGCAGGUGGACCAGCACGGUACAUAAAUCACUCUUGUGAUCCCAACUGCUCUACACGAAUACUUGCCGCUGGACCUUAUCCAGAAGACAAAAAGAUUAUUAUUACUGCUAAUCGUCCAAUUAAAGCAUUGGAGGAGUUGACGUAUGAUUAUCAGUUUGAGUUGGAGGACACUACAGACAAGAUUCCGUGCUUAUGUGGAGCGCCCAAUUGCGUGAAAUGGAUGAACUAA